AUGGGUAAAAAGAAUAACACACAUGUGCCUGACUUCAUCCUUAUGGGACUGACAGAUUCUGAAGAGAUCCAGCUGGUCCUUUUCAUACUAUUUCUCCUGAUAUAUCUGGUCACUGUGCUGGGAAAUGUGGGGAUGAUAUUGAUAAUCCGCCUGGAUCUCCAGCUUCACACCCCCAUGUAUUUUUUCCUCAGUCACCUGUCAUUUCUUGACCUCAGUUACUCAACUGUCAUCACACCCAAAACCUUAUAUAACUUACUGACUUCCACCAAGUAUAUUUCAUACAUGAGCUGCUUCAUCCAGAUGUACUUUUUUGUCUUCUUGGGAGCCACUGAAUGUUUUCUUCUCUCCUCCAUGGCCUACGAUCGCUAUGUUGCUAUCUGCGAUCCUCUGCACUAUCCAGUGGUUAUGUCCAGAAGAUUCUGCAGCUCCCUCAUCUUUGGGUCCUAUAUGAUUGGCUUUGUGGACUCCUCUAUCAAUGUGCUUUGCAUGAGCAGAUUGCAUUUCUGUGACUCCAAUGUAAUCCGUCACUUUUUCUGUGACACACCCCCAGUUUUAGCCUUGUCUUGCACUGAUACCCAUGACAUUGAAAUCAUGAUAUUUAUUGUUGCUGGCUCCACUCUCAUGGUGUCUCUUAUCACAAUAUCUGUGUCCUAUGUGUCCAUUUUAUCUACUAUCCUGAAAAUGACUUCCACUUCAGGAAAGCGUAAAGCCUUCUCUACUUGUGCCUCUCAUCUCCUGGGAGUCACCAUCUUUUAUGGCACUAUGAUUUUUACUUAUUUAAAGCCAAGUAAGUCUUACUCCUUGGGAAAGGAUCAAGUGGCUUCUGUUUUUUAUACUAUUGUGAUUCCCAUGUUGAAUCCACUCAUUUAUAGUCUCAGGAACAAAGAAGUGAAAAAUGCACUCAUUAGAGUCAUGCAGAAGGUGGAAGCCUCUGGACAAUGA